CCUGUGAUUUUAUUACUUGUUUUUAUUUUUAAAGUUUUAAACCGCCUUUUUAACUAUUUAUUUGAUUAUUUAUUAACAAUUAUAUUCUCCCUAGUAUAAAAAUGCAUAAAGGAUGGUAUAAACAACUAGAAGAAGAUGACGACAAUGGCUUCGCGCAGUUUGGUGGUUAUAUGGAAGCCAAGAAGGCUAAACUCAUCAAACAAGUUCGUGAGCAAGCUGCAGUCGAGCGACAUUCAACAAUAUUCAAAGGAGUCUCCAUUUAUGUCAAUGGUUUCACCAAACCAUCAGCUGAAGAACUGAAAACCUUAAUGGGAUUACAUGGAGGAGUAUAUCAUGUCUACCAGAUGCCUUCUACAACUCACAUCAUUGCUAGUAAUCUUCCUAAUGUUAAAAUUAACAAACUAGGACCUCUUCCAAUUGUGAAACCAGGCUGGAUAGAAGACAGUAUAACACUAGGACGUGUCCUAGACUACACCCAGUAUUUAUUAUACACAAAUCAAAGUAGAACACAGCCUAAAAUCAGCUUUGAAAGAGUUGACAACACUCUCAGCAGCUCCAAAACAGCAUCACAUCCUUCUUUCCUCUCCGAAUUCUACGGCAACUCCCGGUUACACUUGAUAGCAACUCUUGGAGCAGAAUUCAAACAAUUCGUCAAUGAUUUACGGUCACAAAUGGGUAAAAAUCAUCAAUUUCCUGGUGUAUUAUUACUUCAAACAUUAAAAAACAACAAUAAAUUCAUUUCCAAUGAGAAAUUCGACACUGAUGAUGAUUUAUCUUCAUCACUUGAUACAAAAACAGAUGUAGAAGUAAUAAUGCACAUUGAUAUGGAUUGUUUCUUUGUUUCUGUUGGAAUACGCAAUCGGCCGGAGUUGAGAGGCCAACCAGUUGCUGUAACACAUUCAAAAACAGGCCAAGGAAGAGCACAUGUGGAUAGAAGCGCAGAAAUAGCUAUGUAUAAGGAAAGACUACCUGAGGGAGCGGAAUUUCGCCUGCAGGACAUCGACGACAACAGCUCUCUAUCGGAAAUUGCUAGCUGCAGCUACGAGGCGCGUAAACAAGGCGUAAAAAACGGAAUGUUUAUGGGACAAGCACUCAAAUUAUGUCCAGAAUUACGUGCGAUUCCAUACGACUUUGAUGAUUACAAAGAAGUUUCCAAGAUUUUAUACACGACAAUCUCCGAAUAUACUUUGAACAUCGAGGCUGUAAGUUGUGAUGAAAUGUAUGUAAACAUCACAGAUCUACUUAACCACACCACCGUGGAAUUAUUUGCUGAACAUAUACGUUCAGUAAUAAAACAGCGUACAGGCUGUCCAUGUUCAACUGGAUUUGGUUCCAAUCGUCUCCAGGCGCGUCUUGCAACAAAACGCGCUAAACCAGACGGACAAUAUUAUCUUACACCCUCUGAAGUGAUAGGAUAUUUCCAUGAUAUGCCUCUGGCUGAGUUGCCAGGUGUAGGAAGGGCUACUCUGGCCAAGAUGAGUAAUUUAGGGUUGCAGACGUGCGGAGAUGUGCAGUCAUUCAGUCUGCAGACUUUACAGAAAGAAAUUGGGAUGAAACUCGGUGAGACUAUUUAUGAUCAAGCUGCGGGGAUUGAUAAGAAACCUCUGCAGUAUGAGCACGAAAGAAAAUCAGUGUCUGCUGAAGUCAAUUAUGGAAUACGUUUUCAAAAUAUGAAAGAAAAUGUUGAGUUUUUGGAGAGGUUGGCUGAAGAAGUUACGUCCAGGUUGAUCGAGACAGGAAUGAAGGCGAAAUGUGUCACGUUGAAGUUGAUGGUUCGAGCAGCGGAUGCGCCAACUGAAACCGCCAAGUAUCUUGGGCAUGGCGUAUGUGACAGCAUGUCCAAGAGUACCUCACUGCAAACAACAACUGAUGAUUGUAAAAUUAUCAUCAAGGAGAGUAGAAAUCUGCUUGAGAAACUCGCUGUGCCCUUUGAUGAGCUCCGAGGGCUUGGAAUUCAAUUAUCCAAGCUUGAAAAAGGUCAAAAAAUGAAUGUGUUACUCAAAAACUUUCUUAGCAACACAGCUACAACUAAUCCGAAGCCAGUAGACACUGAUAAAGCUGUAAAAAGUGAACUGGAAGCUAAAGUCACUUCAAAAGUUAACGUUAAAGGUAGAGGUAGACCAUCGAAAAAUAAAAGUAUUAUUGCGUCAGGUGCCAGUUCAAAGAAUUUAUCGACGUUUUUCAAGUCUACGCAAAAAGAUCGACCGCAAAGCGGUAAACUAGUUAAUAAUAGCUAUCAGAAUAGCGCGAGUUUAGAUAUGAGUGUCUUGCAAGAGUUGCCAGAGGAUAUUCGUUUAGAGAUUAUGAAAGAAUACAAUUUACAGUUGCAAAAUCAAGUUUGUGAUGAGUUUAAAUCGAGUCAAACUCCAGGAACUUCUGCUACAACUAUUUCAACUGCAGCUGAUAAUAAAAAGCCCGAUAGUGAAGAAAUAACAAAAAAGACUAGGCAAACAAAAGCAAAGGCUCAGAAUAUUACUGCUACUGGUUUUGAUUCGCUCUCUCAUGAGGAUUUUAUGAACAUGUUUGCAAAUUGGUUUCAAUCUCAUUCAAAGCCCUUGAAAGUCGACGUGGAUAUGCUCGGAAAAUAUUUCAAGCAAAUGGCUAUGCAGCGAAGAAUUGAGAAGCUGUAUAUUUACGCUAAAUACUUGCAUAGGAACAUAAAUGAGAAAAAUGAUUGUGAUUGGCACAAGGCGUACGAAAAUAUUGUUGGUUUUCUACAAGAGGGUUGGUAACGCUACCACGUGAUUCCCCUACGUUUGCGAUCGUGACUCCCCUACUUUUACGAUCAUACCCGAAGUGCGACUUCGUGUCAGCUCGUAUAUUCGAAUAUUUUUCUAAAGUUUGCUGUGUAAAUAC